GAGGAGGAGGAAAGUUUUGCAUAAGCAUGACGUCAGGGCUGAGGCAAUGCCUGGGGAAGAUCCAUAGAAGCAGGUCCAUGAAAGCCCGAGCUCACGGAGACGGUCACUAGCCUCUGGGCGAUCAUGCACCUGGUCCAUGCAAAUAUUCCAUCUGGAAGAGAUCUUUACUUUAAGUCACGUCACUGUUCAUGACACGUGUCGACACGACGUCUAACAAUGACACUUGAAACGAUUCCUCCUCGCCUUUUCCUUCUCCCUUCCUCUCCGACGAGUCUGGUCAUCGGAGCAAAGCAGAAGCGAAGCAGAGCGGCGGAGAGGGCUACUAUGGUGUCGAGGGCGGCCGACGACGCUCCCUCCAAAUUCAGCAAAUGGCCGGGCGAGAAGUCGAGCGAGUGUCUGGGGAACUUUGCAUAUAGGAUAAGCCAGCUCCACAAGGAAAUUCAGGCCGAAAGAAUCGGCUUCGUCAGAGAAAGUGUUGAAAGAAAUGGAAAGAAAGUGCAGAGUUAUGCUUGUCAGCUCUUAUUAGCAGCAUCCAGAAAUGGUGGGAUUGCAAGAAGUCUUUCCACAAGAAUAGAUGAUCCUUUGUGCAAAUACGUUGGACUCGCUCAAGGAUUGGGAGAUAAAGAUGGCAUUGGAAGUCAUGAAGUUGUGCCCUCCAAAAAUAUCAAACUGCCAUAUGUUGAGAAGUUGCCGCCUUAUACUGCAUGGAUAUUUUUGGACAGAAAUCAGAGAAUGGCCGAAGACCAGUCAGUGGUUGGAAGGAGGCGAAUAUACUAUGACCAGCACGGCAGUGAAACCCUGAUUUGUAGUGACAGUGAAGAAGAGAUCGCUGAGCUUGAGGAAGACAGGCAUGACUAUUCUGAGGGUGAGGAUAGAAUAAUAUGGACGGCAUUUGAGGAGUAUGGCUGUACUGAGGAUGUGCAAAAUAUUUUGAGCCAGUUUGUUGGCGGCACUGCUCUAGAGAUUCAGGACCGAUACAAAUUGCUACAGCAGCAGUCCCAUGAAGAUCACAAUCUAAAUGUGAAACAUCCUGCUGCCAUCAACCAUGAUAAGGGAAUAUCUUUGGAGAAGACUCUUAGUGCUACUCUGGAUUCUUUCGACAACAUCUUUUGUCGCCGUUGUUUGGUUUUUGAUUGCCGUCUUCAUGGCUGUUCCCAGAAUGUUAUUUAUCCAAACGAGAAGCAGCCAUACUUCUAUGAGCAUGAUAAUGAUUGGACACCUUGCAGUGAUCACUGUUACUUACAUCUAAGAGCUGCCAGAAAGUCAACAGAAAGUUCUGCUAUUAGUUCCAUCUAUAGGAGGAAAGGUAAAAGUUCGCAGGGGAAAGAGGAAGUUGCAGCAUCCUCUAGUGCGGAAGAGUUAGAUCUAGACAUCGUCUCAGAUCAAGGAUGCAUUUCUGUUAAUAUAGCACCUGUACCACAUAUUUCAACAAGGGACACCUCUGGAACUGUUGCACACCACCUUGAAAAGCAGAAGGAUGUAGAGGACAACAUUACAGCACUAGAUGAUCCAAAUCUUAUAGGCGACAAUAUUUCUCAAGGUUAUCCUGUGAAAAGACUGAAGAAAUUAUCAUCUGAUGAAGAUGAACUUCAGAAGUGCACCCAUUUUGAAUUGCGUAAACGUUCCUCUGAGAAGAUUGGGUGUUCUGAUGAAACAUCCAAUGAGAAGUGUGAGGAUGUGGUCAUGGCUGGAGCAAAUGAUGCCAAAGAUCUGCCUCAUGAGGCACCUAGUACUUCUGGCAGUCAGAACACCAUGAGGGAUGAAACAGAAGUUGUCGUAGAGCUACCCAAACCGGAGCAACCUUCUAUUAUGCAGCAAAGUCAAGGGAAGUCAUGCAGCUCAGAGUGGAAACCUAUUGAAAAAGAACUCUAUCUUAAAGGUGUUGAAAUAUUUGGGAGAAACAGUUGCCUAAUAGCAAGAAACAUGCUUUCUGGCUUGAAAACAUGCACUGAAGUAUCUAAUUACAUGCACAAUGGUGGAUCUUCAGUGCCGCAUAGAUCAAUUGCUGCCCCAACUUCACUUACAGAAGACAGUGGGGAUGCUGAUAUGACAUCUACAGAGCAAGAGAAUCCUAUAAGAACUCGUUUGAUACGUAAAAGAGGAAGAGCACGGAAGCUUAAAUAUUCAUGGAAGUCUGCUGGUCAUCCAUCAAUUUGGAAACGAAUUGCGGAUGGGAAAAAUCAAUCUUGUAAGCAGUAUGUGCCAUGUGGAUGCCAGUCUUUGUGUGGGAAAGAAUGCCCAUGUCUAGAUAAUGGAACUUGCUGUGAGAAGUACUGUGGAUGCUCAAAGAGCUGUAAGAAUAGAUUCAGGGGAUGCCACUGUGCAAAGAGUCAAUGCAGAAGCCGGCAAUGCCCGUGCUUUGCUGCCGGACGGGAAUGUGAUCCCGAUGUUUGCCGAAACUGCUGGGUCAGUUGUGGAGAUGGAUCUUUAGGUGAGCCUCCUCGACGGGGAGAUGGCCAAUGUGGAAACAUGAGGCUCCUACUGAGGCAGCAGCAGAGGAUCCUUUUGGCAAAAUCCGACGUGGCGGGUUGGGGAGCUUUUCUGAAGAACUCUGUCAACAAGAAUGAUUAUCUCGGAGAAUAUACUGGUGAACUGAUCUCUCAUAGAGAAGCCGAUAAACGUGGGAAGAUCUAUGACCGUGCUAAUUCCUCGUUUCUUUUCGAUUUGAAUGAUCAGUAUGUCCUAGAUGCAUACCGCAAGGGAGACAAGCUGAAGUUUGCAAACCACUCCUCAAAUCCGAACUGCUACGCAAAAGUGAUGCUGGUGGCAGGAGAUCAUCGGGUGGGAAUAUUUGCUAAGGAGCGCAUUGAAGCUAGCGAAGAGCUCUUCUACGAUUACCGCUACGGGCCUGAUCAGGCACCUGCAUGGGCCCGGAAGCCCGAGGGUUCCAAGAGGGAUGACUCUUUAGUCUCUCAGGGUCGAGCUAAGAAGCACCAAUCUCAUUAAUGAAUGAAGCUCAUCAAACUUGUAUAGUCACCUUUCCCGCAUAGGGUAUACAUCCAAAGUUCAGAGAUAGCCUACACAUCUAUAAAUUAAGUUGCUGCAUACAGAGUUCUCAAAGAUAGCAAGCUUAUGAUGGGUCGAGUUACAUUUUGGGGAUCGAUCCAAUAAGUUUAAAAUGUGUUCGGGAGUCCUGAAUGGAGAUCAGAACUGAUUAUUGAUGUUAUAAGAAGAUGCAUCAUAAUCCCGGGAAUAAGUUUGAAGAGAUGCAUACACAUCGUCAACUCUCCGGCAAAUAUAUGUAAUUUGCAGUAUGGUUGAUGCUCGGCUAAGCAUGCUGAUCUUGAUUUUUGAAUA